AUGAUAACAGGAGGGAAUGAACAAGAAUGUUAUGGGAUCGUUAUAGAUGCAGGUUCAUCUGGGUCGAGACUGCAUGUAUUUAAAUGGACUGAUCCGGCUACAAUUGAUGUGACAAAACAUGAUCCACAAGAAUUACAUUCGGUACCAAAGAUAGAACAGUCUAAAGAAUGGACAUUUAAAUCAAAUCCUGGGCUAUCAAGUUUUGAGCAUAAAACAAAUAAGGCGUUCUCAGAUCAUAUUAAUCCAUUAUUGAAGGAAGCAGAGAAGAUUAUCCCCAAUGACAAAUUAAGUAGUACACCUGUAUUUAUUCAGGCAACUGCUGGUAUGCGGUUACUACCUAAGAAGAACAGAGAUGAAAUCCUGGAGGAUCUUUGCACGAAAAUUAAGAAAUCUACGAGAUUUAAGAUGGACAAUUGUGAGACCCAAAUUCAAAUCAUUGAUGGGGAGACUGAGGGUAUAUAUGGUUGGCUUGGUUUAAACUAUUUACUGGGCAACUUUAAUAACUACAAUGGUUACGAUAACAGCCAUUUUACAAUGGGUUUUAUGGAUAUGGGAGGUGCAUCUGCUCAGAUUGCAUUUGUUCCAAGUGAUAAAGAAGAAAUUAUCAAAUAUAAACAUGAAAUCCCAACUGUCUAUCUCCGGAGUCUGAAUGGAGACGUCCAAGAAUGGGAUGUAUUUGUUAGUACAUGGUUAGGAUUUGGAGCUAAUCAGGCAAGAAAGAGAUAUUUGGCCCAACUAAUCAAUGCAUUGCCAGAAAAUACUAACAAUUAUGACGACGACGACUUUACUACGCGUUCAAUAUCAGAUCCGUGUAUGCCAAAUGGAAGUAAGACUGAAUUUGAAUUUAAGGAUACGAAGUUUAAAGUCGUUGGGUUAGGUAAUUUCGAACAAUGUUCAAAAUCUAUAUAUCCGUUAUUACUGAAGAAUAUACCAUGUCCAGAAGAACGUUGUCUAUUCAAUGGGGUCCAUAUUCCCAAGAUUAAUUUUCUAAAAGAUAAGUUUGUGGGGAUAUCAGAAUUUUGGUACACCCCCAAUGAUGUUUUUAACCUUGGAGGUGAGUACAGCUUUAGUAAAUUUAGUGCAAAGGUCGAAGAGUUUUGCAAUACCGACUGGGAAACCAUUAAACAUAACAACGAGGAUGGGAAAUAUAAUUUAAUGCCAGAAAAAUUUCUACAGGAUGCAUGUUUUAAAAGCAACUGGAUUAUAAACAUUUUACAUGAGGGUUUCGAACUUCCACAGGAGGAUCAUAGUAGACUAGAUACAUCUAAGGGUAUAUAUGAUUAUCCUAUGUUUCAAAGUUUAGACAAAGUUGUAGAAACAGACUUAUCUUGGACUUUGGGUAGAAUUCUACUAUACGCGUGUGGUAUGGUGCCUGCCGUUGAGAGCAAUUUGAAAGUAGGUAUUGCUCCAAGUGCAAGAAGUGCAAAGGAUGAUAACAAAGUAUUUAUUCCAGGUCUUAUCGGUGAUGGGUCUAAAGUAGGUAAUACUUCUCCCGGGUUCCUUAAGUUUCUACUAAUAUUGAUCUUAAUAGGACUUAUAGUAUACACCAUCAUAGGAAGAAAACUUUCUCAUUUCCCGUUCAGCUACUCUUCAGUUAGCCAAAUAGGGGCUCAUAUAAGAUACAAACUUUCAGAACUCAAAUCAAAAUAUGAAACCUUUCGUACUUCAAGUUCAAUUUCUGAUUUAGAAGCUGGUGAAUUAGGGAGAAGUAGGUUUAGGGAAGCGAAAGAACCAUCAUUCAUGUUGAAAAGUAAAAGCAUGUUUAACCUUAAUACAAACAAGCAGAGCUCUGUUAUUUCAUAUGAAGAUGGGGAAGAUACCGUUGGAAGACCAUUAUCACAAGGUCUCCAGUCAUCCCAAUCUUCAGCUAAUAUGAGACCUGCAUUUUCAAUGGCUGAUUUCUCAAAAUUCCAAAACCAAUAG